GCAGAAGCUCCCAGAGCGAGGACACCAGGGGACCAGCCAGGAGACAGACAAGCAACUCCAGAGCCCCCUGGAAAUAACCUCCCAGACCACACACCCCCACCCCGACAGGCAGCCAGACGACUUGCUCCCUCUAACACAUCCUGCCACAGGGCUCUACCGUCUCCCAGCUGGACUUGAGCCCUUCAGAAGAAGACGCCAUGAGCACUGAAAGCAUGAUCCGGGAUGUGGAGCUGGCAGAGGAGGCGCUCUCCAAGACGGCAGGGGGCUCCCAGGGUUCCGGAAGGUGCUUGUGUCUCAGCCUCUUCUCCUUCUUCCUGGUCGCAGGAGGCACCACGCUCUUCUGCCUGCUGCACUUCGGGGUAAUCGGCCCCCAGAGGGAAGAGUUCCCAACUGGCUACUCCAUCAUCAGCCCUCUGGCUCAGACACUCAGAUCAUCUUCUAAAACCUCAAGUAACAAGCCCGUAGCCCAUGUUGUAGCCAACCUCAGUACUCAGGGGCAGCUCCGGUGGCUGAACACAUAUGCCAACACCCUCCUGGCCAACAGCGUGAAGCUGGAAGACAACCAGCUGGUGGUGCCAACGGACGGGCUGUACCUCAUCUACUCCCAGGUCCUCUUCAGGGGCCAAGGCUGCCCUUCCACCCACUUGUUCCUCACCCACACCAUCAGCCGCAUCGCUGUCUCCUACCCGACCAAGGUCAACCUCCUCUCUGCCAUCAAGAGCCCUUGCCAGAGGGAGACGCCAGAGGGGGCUGAGGCCAAGCCCUGGUAUGAGCCCAUCUACCAGGGAGGGGUCUUCCAGCUGGAGAAGGGUGAUCGACUCAGUGCUGAGAUCAACCUGCCCGACUAUCUGGACUUUGCUGAGUCUGGGCAGGUCUACUUUGGGAUCAUUGCCCUGUGAGGGAGCAGGACAUCCAUCCUAUCCCACCUCAAUUACUUUAUUAUUUACUCCUUCAGACCCGCUCAUCCCCUUCUGGUUUAGAAAGAGAAUUAGGGACUCAGGGCUGGGCUCCAAGCUUAAAACUUUAAACAACAACAACACUUAGAAAUCAGGGAUGCAGGGAAGUAUGGCCUGGACAAUGGGGCACUGACCACCACCAAGAAUUGGAACUGGGUCUUCUGGAACUCACUGGGGUCCUUGCGUUUGGAUUCCUGGAUGCAACCUGGGACACCCAGAAUGUGGGGGCCAGGGGACCUUGGGUUCUGACUGGAACACUUCAGAACAUUCCUUGAGAAGAUCUCACCCAGAACUUGACAUGAGUGGACUUCAGGCCUCCCUUUCUUCCAAUGUUUCCAGACUUCCCUGAGAUGGGGAGCCCAGCCACACCCCAACAGGGCCAGCUCCCUCUAUUUAUGUUUGCACUUGUGAUUAUUUAUUAUUUAUUUAUUAUUUAUUUAUUUACUAAUGAAUGUAUUUAUUCAGGAGGUCAAGGUGUCCUGGGAGAUCCAAUGUAGGGGCUGCCUUGGCUCAGAUGUGUUUUCUGUGAAAACGGAGCUGAACUGUAGGUCGUUCCCACCCUGCCUCCUGGUCUCUGUGCCUCCUUUUGCUUAUGUUUUUAAAAUGUAUUUAUCUGAUCAGGUUGCCUAAAUAAUGCUGAUUUGGUGACUGACUUGUCGCUACAUCACUGAACCUCUGCUCCCCAGGGGAGUCGUGUCUGUAACCGCCCUACUGGUCAGUGGCGAGAAAUAAAGUGUGCUUAG